AUGACGAGCCACGGCGACGGGGUCAAUCCCCUACGACCAUACUACAUCCGGCCCUCGAUCGGCGAGCGCGUAGAGCCCGCCGCUCCCGGGCCCAAAGCCUUUUCGUCCUCGUCGGCGCGCAACGCGACGGCCUCGUCAGCCGUCGCCACGUCGUCACGCUACGCCAGUCGGGCACGCGACAUGUUUGCCGAUCUCGACUACAAUGGUUACAUGGACGAUGACACGCCGAGCAUGACGCGCAGCGUCAAGGAGCUGCUCGACGACCUUGUUUGGAAGUACACCUCGGUGCUCAUGGCACAGCCGUUUGAGGUGGCCAAGACGAUCCUCCAGGCCCGCAACCAGGAUGAGAAGGCACUGCUGUCCGAGUCAGUAGAAACAGAAGUUUCUGCCAUGUCGUUUUCCAGCCAAGGCCUGGGAAUUCCUGAUCACGAUUCCGACUCGGAAGGCGACGAAUCUACAUUCUUUACAUACAACGGCCCCGAUACGCCUGCAAGCACGAUGAGAGGCAGCCUGACCGAGCGCCGCGCUUCCCCGCUCACCUCCCCAAAGCCCGUCACACACCGGCAACCCGUCAUCUCGGAGCACUAUAUUCCUCUUCGCCGCCCCGAUUCCGUCACCGAAGUCAUCGGCCAUCUAUGGCAGAAGAAUGGCGCAUUUGGUGUAUGGAAGGCCUCCAAUGCCACGUUUUUAUACACAGUGCUGCACUCGCUGCUGGAGAACUGGUCCCGCAGCUUCCUCAGCGCCGUAUUCAAUGUUCCGGACUUGGGUCUCAAGGAGGACAUCGAUCGCAUCAUUGAUAUCGCGACGCCGUAUCCGUGGGCAUCACUAUUUAUUGCGGCCACUGCGGCUGUAGUAACUGGAUUGGCUCUCGCGCCGCUCGACCUUGUCAGGACGAGACUCAUCAUGACGCCCAGCAGCAAGGGCCCGCGCCGCACCCUCGCCACGCUGCGCGCUUUGCCGUCGUACUUUAUCAACUCGAUGCUUGCUAUACCCACGAUUCUCAACUCGCUCAUACACCCACUCUUUACCCUUUCGACUCCUCUUCUUCUGCGCACCAAGUUCUUGCUCGAUAAACAGGCGUCGCCCAUGACCUUUUCCGCAGCCAAAUUCCUCGCCUCAACGACGGCUAUCCUUGUGAAGCUACCGCUCGAGACGGUCCUUCGCCGGGGACAGAUGGCUGUUCUAUCGAGCCCUGAAUACAUUCGUGCUCUCGCCGGCAAGGAUCUCCGCAUGGAGACGAUUGUCCCCAUCGGCCCAUAUCGCGGUGUCCUAGGCACCAUGUACCAUAUCACCUCGAACGAGGGCUCCAGGACCUUGCAGCUGCAGCCGCCAAUCAAAGGGAACCGCAAAGCCAACAAAGCUCGGCCGCAGACACCCCUUGUCAAAAACGGCCAGGGCCUCGACGGACUGUGGCGUGGCUGGAAGGUGAACUGGUGGGGGCUCGUUGGCCUUUGGGCUGCCAAUGUUAUUGGAAAUGGGGGCGACGGCGAAUUUUGA